AUGCCGGACGCUGAGGUGGCCAACCUGGUGAACGAGAUUUCCGGCUUCAAGCUGGAGGAGUCCUGGCAGUUCGGCAAGCCGCCGUACUCCCGCGCGGACCCACCACCUGCCAUAUACAUGUCUCCGGCGACGGCCGCAGUCAUGGGGCCGGGUGGUGACUAUGCACCGGACCGGGCCGAGAGCGACGUGGACGACCCCGACUUGGGGGCAGCCGCCUUGGAGGACACCGCGAUAGGCGGCGUCUAUGGAGCCGGUGGCUCCGAGGAAGGCGACAUCGAGACCUGGCCAGACGAUGACGACGAGGAAGACAAGCCGUGGCCUUUACGAGGUGCAGGCAAGGUGGACGCAGGCCCCUCCGCCGAGCCGACUGCUCGAGGCGGCACGCGGAAACGCAAGACGGGCGCCGUCUUGUUCGGCAGCGUGCCGAAGAAGGCCAAGAAUCCGACCGCCGCAACCAAGCGGAGGGAGGCCGCAGCAAAGGCGGCCAAGGCUCCACUCUCUCUUAAGAAGUCGGCCGCCGCCUCCAUCGUUGGGUCGGCGGAGACUUCCACCACCACCCGGCGAAUCGACCCGGCCGCCAACCUCCGGGAGGCAACGGAGCGAAACGCGUGGGAGGCGCGCGAGGAACAGGAGGCCGCCCGCCUGGAGAAGGCGAAAGCAGAAAGGGCGGAGGCUGCCGCCCUGAAGAAGCUGGCGGAAGCCGAGGAAGCCGCGGCGGCGAAGAAACAGGCUGAAGAAGCCGCGCGCCGCCAGUCGGCCAUAUUCGUCACUCCCCUGAGCUCCGCACCGCCACCACCAGAAUUUGUGGCGCGGACUGGGGGAGCUGGUGGCGAGCACCCGAUCAUCGAGAGGGAUGGUGGCGACGUCGCCAUGCCGGAUGCGACCGCGCCCCAGCCACCACCCUCUGAGGAAGCGCGGGACAAGCAGCCGGCUGAUCCACCGGCGCCGCCAGCCGGAGACGAGAUGGCGACGGGCCCAACUCCUGAGGUCCGCACCCCGACGCAUCGCCGGCUUGCAAAGGCGGCCUCGGCGCCACGCCCGCAGGAGACCACCGCCGCGAGCUCUUCGAUCCCGGAUGCCGAGGCGACCAGCGUCGCGCCCACUGGGUGGGUGCAGGGAGGCGGGACGAGCCCCUUGAACACAGCGAUCCUAAACGUCCAAGCCAAGCUUCAGGCUGAAGCCGACGCUCUCAAGCGCUGCAACAACGCGUUCUUGGAAUCGCGAGCAGCCGUCCGGGACUAUCACAACCUCCGCGCGACCGUCUUCAACUCCAAGGUUCAGGAGCUGACUCAAUGGACCGCCGACUUGUCGGAAAGCCGGAACUUCUUCCCUGGUCAUUCUGGUGCCGCCAAUCAGGCCAUCAAAGCUGAUCGCGAAGGACGGAGGGCGGAAGGUGCACAGAUCGCUGUCGACGCCCCCCGGACCCUUGGCGAGCAGCUCCUGAGCAUCGAGGCUCGUCUUCGGCCGGCUCAUCGGAUGUUGCGCCGUCUUCAGCGCGUCGGAGCCCAGGCGAUCGCUGCUCUGUGGCCGGACAUGCCGGAGGACCAGGAGGAGCUGGUGGCCGUGAAAGAUGACCUUGUCAAGCGUGUGGCGGCAAUCGCCGAGUACACCAACACCAGCGUCUUCAUCCCGGAGCGGGCCGAGAACGGCGCCGAGGCGCCACCAGAAUGUCUCGACGAACUUGUUAACUUUGCACAAUUCCACCCGCGGGGUGUAUUUCAAACUUCUGUUGAAUGUUGGCCAAGGGCCUUUGAUAUGUAA